AUGCCCCCGAUACCACCCUCGCGCCUGGUCGCGCUUCAAUCUAACUCUCAAAAUAUCCGCAACAUCUGUAUCCUCGCACACGUCGAUCAUGGCAAGACGUCUCUCACAGACUCGCUUAUUGCGACCAAUGGGAUUAUCUCCCCGAAGAUGGCGGGCAAGGUGCGGUAUUUGGACUCACGGCCGGACGAGCAAAUACGUGGAAUUACCAUGGAAAGCAGCGCCAUCAGUCUGUACUUCAGUAUGAUGCGCAGGCAAAAGGAAGGUGAAGAGGCAAAGAAGGAGGAAUACCUGAUAAACCUGAUAGACAGCCCUGGUCACAUCGACUUUUCGUCGGAGGUCAGUACGGCCUCACGACUCUGCGAUGCCGCGGUGGUCCUGGUGGAUGCUGUCGAAGGCGUGUGUUCGCAGACCGUUACUGUGCUUCGACAGGUAUGGCUAGAGAAACUGAAGCCCUUACUCGUCAUCAACAAAAUUGACAGGCUCGUGACGGAACUGAAAAUGACCCCCGCCGAGGCAUACUCCCACCUGGAAAGAGUCCUCGAAGGCGUAAAUGCCGUCAUCGGAGGCUUCUUCCAGGGCGAGCGCAUGGAAGAGCAUCUGAUGUGGAGAGAAAAGCUCGACCAGGAAAGGGCGGCUAAAGAACAGCAGAAGCAGGAUGCCAUGAGCGAGGCCGCGUCCGAGGCGGACCUGGACCAACAGUUUGAGGAGCGCGAUGACGAGGACCUCUAUUUCGCUCCGGAGAAGAACAAUGUCAUCUUUGCGAGUGCCAUAGAUGGUUGGGCAUUUACGGUCCGUCAAUUUGCGGGCAUAUACGAAAAGAAGCUAGGUAUCAAAAGAUCCCUUCUGGAAAAGUUCCUCUGGGGUGACUUCUAUCUGGACCCCAAGACCAAAAAGGUACUUGGUUCGAAACAUCUGAAAGGAAGAAAUUUGAAACCAAUCUUCGUGCAACUUGUUUUGGAACCUAUCUGGCAAGCCUACGACGCCACGGUUGGUAUAAAUGGCUCUCGGGGCGAUCCAGCGUUGCUGGAGAAGAUAACAAAGUCUCUGUCGAUCAGUUUACCUGCCCACAUUACGAGGUCGAGGGAUUCCAAAGCCAUCUUACAAGCCGUCUUCGCCUCAUGGCUACCACUCUCAACAGCACUUCUCGUCUCGGUUAUCGAAUACUUACCAAGCCCGCCCAGUGCCCAAGCAAGUCGAUUGCCCGAAAUGAUUGAGGAUUUGGUCAGUGCAAAGAGCAUUGACCAGUCUCUGAAAGACUCUAUGAUCAACUUUGACACUUCUAGCUCUGCACCACUGGUGGCAUACGUGAGUAAGAUGGUCGCUGUCCCCGAGAGUGAACUCCCCUCCAAGAGACGAAAACUGGGCACCACCUUGACAGCCGACGAAGCCAGGGAGCUCGCCCGUAAGAAGCGCGCUGAAAUUGCCAAAGCACAGGCUGAGGCAGAAGGAGCAACUGGUGUGGACAGUAUAACGAAUGGAGUCAGUACCGUUAGGAUUGGCGAGGAGAAUGAUGAGGGUAUGACACCAGAGCAACCGGAAGAUCCAGAGCAUUUGAUCGGGUUUGCCAGGCUUUAUUCGGGGUCGCUCUCUGUGGGAGACGAAGUCUACGUCCUACCACCCAAGUUCAACCCAGCCUUUCCUCAUGCCUCACCAGAGCCGAAGAAGGUGCCUAUCACAGCUCUCUAUCUUCUCAUGGGCCGAGCUUUAGAGCCGUUGGAUAAAGUACCUGCUGGAGUUGUCUUUGGGAUUGAGGGGCUCGAGGGCCACAUCCUCAAGACUGGCACAUUGUGCUCGCAACUCGAAGGAGCUAUCAAUCUGGCUGGUGUUUCGACGCUCAGUCAGCCUAUCGUCAGAGUCGCUCUGGAACCCACGAAUCCAAUGGAUCUGAACAAGAUGAUCAAGGGACUCAAAUUGCUUGAACAAAGUGAUCCUUGUGCUGUGUAUGAGCAGAUGGAAAGUGGAGAGCAUGUCAUCUUGACAGCCGGUGAGCUGCAUCUCGAGCGGUGUCUCAAAGACUUGCGGGAGCGAUUUGCCAAGUGUGACAUUCAGCCUGGCGAACCCAUCGUACCAUACCGCGAAACGAUCGUCAAGGCGGAAGAAAUGGAACCCCCGAAGAAUAAAGACCUCCCUAGAGGGACGGCGAUCGCGGUGACUGCCUCAAAGACUGUUUCUGUCAGAUUGAGGGUUCGACCUCUGCCGUCAAAUGUGACCGAGUUCCUGAUCAAUAAUGGCGCAUCGAUCAGGAGACUAUAUGCCGAGAAGCAAGCACAGGAGGAACAGACUACAAAGGAUCCUUCGAAUGUCGACAGAGAGGAAAUAGUCGACCUAGGAAACGACGCUGGGGGGCGGGAAAGGAGCCAUCUCUCCCUUGAAGAGUUUCGAAAUCAACUUCAAGCUGCAUUCGAUGAGGUGACAGAGGAUAGAGAUGUCUGGGCCAAGGUCGUGCCCAGGAUAUGUGGCUUUGGUCCUCGACGAGUCGGGCCUAAUUUGUUCAUCGACGCGACAGGACAACAAACCUGUAAGCGGUUCUUGUUUGAACAGCACGAAAUUGCAGAGAGGGAAGAAGAUACAAAUGGCAACAGUGCCGAUGGCGUGGAAACCUCGUCAUCGUCGAAGCAAGAUUUCUCGGAUACUAUUGCAUACGCGUUUCAACUAGCGACCUCGCAAGGCCCGCUGUGUCGCGAACCGAUGCAAGGCGUUGCCGUCUUCCUCGAAGAGAUCAGCCAACAGCAACAGCAGCCACCCGCAUCAAGCACCAGCACCGAUCCUUCUGCCGAUGGUGACCCUGCAUCAACGGCGGGUGUCGAAUCCGGCCGCUUGACGGGCGAACUCAUCACGUCGGUACGCGAAACCAUCCGCUCGGCGUUCCUGGACUGGUCCCCACGCAUCAUGCUGGCCAUGUACAGCUGCACGAUCCAGGCGACCCCGGAGGUGCUGGGCCGGGUGUACUCGGUGCUCACACGCCGGCGAGGUUCGAUCCUGUCCGAGGCUCUGCUGGAGGGCACGCCCUACUUCACCAUCAGCGCCUCGCUACCAGUCGCCGAGUCAUUUGGGUUCAGCGAGGAGAUCCGCAAGCGGACGUCAGGCCUCGCGCAACCGAUGCUGCAGUUCGUCGGGUUCGAGGUCGUCGACGACGUCGACCCCUUCUGGGUGCCCCGCAGCGAGGAGGAGCUGGAGGACCUGGGCGUGCACGGCGAGAGGGAGAAUGUCGCGAAACGCUAUGUGGACGGCGUGCGCAGGCGUAAGGGCCUCCUGGUUAGAGGUACCAGGGGUGUUGGGAGGGACGCCGAGAAGCAGAAGACGUUGAAGACGAAUUGA